AUGACAAAUUUUUUGAUUCCUUUCAUUUUGGGUUUAAAUCAUUUAUUCUUUGUCCUUUCAUCUUAUGUAGAAGGAUUAAAUGAGUAAUAAUAAUAUUAAACAUAUCCAUUCAAUAGUGGGAGGCAGAACUAUAAUAAAUUUGAUGAUUUUAGUUAUGGAGUUUGGAGCAAAUACCUUCCUUUAAGUACAAUUUCCUAAGUUGGAUUAAUAGGAAUGUUUGAUAGUCACUGCUUUCUUUAAAACUCUAUUAUUGAAAAUAAAACAAAGGAAAUUAACUUACUCUAUUAUGAUUGUGUUGAUCAAUAAACUAAUACUAUUUAAAAGAAAGUUUAAUUUCUAAGUAGUGAUAAUUAAAUGCACAAUUAUAAAUAUGAAAUCGAUCCUUUAAUGUAUGAAAAUUAUUGGUAUUUUUUUGGACUGAAUAUAGUACCAUCUGAAGAAAGUUUUGGAUUUUUUAUAUUUUAAGGAGAAAUUUUAAUAACAAGUUAACAAUUAAAUAUUUAAGGUCCUUUUAAACAUUAAGAUUUAACAAUAGUUAUAGGAGGAGGUUUAAUUGUAGAAGAAUCAUAAAUACUUUGGAUUCAAAUAAUUUAAAAGCUUUCUUAUUUUCCUGGAAAAUUGGCAAUAUUACACCCAACUAAAGAAAAUUUAUAAGAAAAUUAUGAGAGAUUUGAUUAUUUCAAGAGUUACUCAAAAAUGUACAAUCCAAAAUGCAUUAGCAAAACUAAUUCAAUAUAAAAUUUACCAGAUUUUGAAAUUUCCAAAUUAAACCAUGAAGUAUUCGCUUCAGAAAAUAUAAAUUGUGAUGAAUUUUAACUUGAAACUUGGAUCCAAAUCUCAAAUAUUCGUCAAGAAGAUUAAUCAUUUAUUUAUUAAUUGUUAAAAAUAUCAGCAAAUUUCGAAAACUUUUAUGCUAAAAAUGAAAAUUUAUCACCAUUUUAAUUAUUCUAUGAAUUUUCAAAUUCAUAAAUUAAAUUAAGUGUGACUACAUAUAGCUUUAAAUUUCCACUUGUUGAUUAUGAUUUUAAGAAGUAAAGUUUUUUGUAAUAAAAAGAAUGGAGUAUCAAUAAUAUUAGAUAAUGGCAUUUCUUAUAUGUCUCUUUGAAUAAUAAUAUACUUUAAAUAUAAAUUUCAUUUUAUGAAGGAUUAGAUUAAACCCUAUAUGAAACUCAAUUUAUAGUUAAUUAAUUCCAUUAAGUAUAAUUUAAAUUAUAAUAUGGAAAUAUAUUACAAUCAUCAACUAAUUAUUUGAUUGGAAUUCUAAAAAAUACGAAAUUUAGUAAUUCUGCAUCAAAAGGAGAUAUUUUCAAAGGUUGUCAUCAUAGUUGCAAAUAAUGUGAAGGUCCUACAUAUAAAGAUUGUUUAUCUUGUUCAGAAGAAUCAAAACGAAUCUAUAUUCCAUAAUUUAAAGUAUGUGUAUGUCCAUUUGAUUAUAUUGAUGAUCUAGAGUGUAAGAGUAUGGAAAAUUAUAAUUUAUUAUUUGAUCCAGAAUUUGAAUAGAAUUCAACUUCAAAUUGCCCUUAAGGAUAUUUUAAUAAAGAUGAAUUUUGCUUAAAAUGGUAAUUCAUUCUAAAAUAAUGUAGCCCUUCUUUUUUAAAGGAUACUUUAAUAACAUGUUUGGAAUGUAUUUAAAAUCCUAUAGGUUGGCAAAAUGAUCCAUAUUGUUAAACUAAUCUCUAUAUUGAUACACUUGGAAGUCCAGCACAAUAUAAAAUUGAUAAUUUAAAGACAUAUUUUAUAUUUGAUGGAAUUGAUAUGAAACCAUUUUAAUAGGGUUUAAAUCUGGAUUAAGAUCAAUUUGAUUCAGUAUAUUUAGAUUUUGAAGAGACAAAUUAGAAUUUUCUAAGAUUUUACUCAUCUUCAUAUUUAGAUAGUUAUUCUUGUACAAUUGAAUAUUGUGAAAUUUGUAUAAUGAUAAUUACAAAAUAAAUUUGCUAAAAAUGUUCAAGACUAUCUAAAUUAAAAAAUGGAAUUUGUGUAGAAAUACUUCGUGGAGUCAUUAAUAAAAAUAAUUGCUUAGCUCCUUAUUACAAAACAUCUGAAAAUAUUUGUAAUUUAUGCGAGAUAGAGAAUUGUUAAUAUUGUUUUGAAUAUGCAAGUAACGAUUUAACUAAAUGUACACUCUAUAGUGAAUUUUAAGUCUUUUCAAAAGAUGAGUUUCUUAAAAUAGGUUGUGCAUUAUGUUUAGAUGGAUUUAUAUUUGAUUUUACAUUAGGUAAAUGCAUUUAUAAAGAAUCAACAUUACCCAACUGUUUGAGAUCUUUUAUAAAUCCAUUAGGUUAAUAAAUGUGUACUUUAUCAGCUAUUUAAGACUUUGGAGUCGCUCCAGAAAUAACAAACUGUUAAAGAUAUAUACCUAAUUGUAAAUAAUGUAUUUAAACACCUUAAUCGAUUGUAAAAUGUAUAAUUUGUGAAGACGGAUAUUCGAGUUCCCUAACAACCGGACAUUGUACAAUCUGUGAGGUAGAAUAUGCUAAAUUGUGUAUAGAAGGAGAUUUUGCUAAAUCUGAUGCUUGGAUGUAAUAAAUCUAAAGUUUUUUAAUGUAAUUUCUACCAAAUAAGUAUAUGUAUCCAAAGUCCUCAGACUUGUAAUAUAUAAAACCUCUUGCAAUCAAAUGUAUAGAUAAAUAUGCAAUGAACCAAAAUUUCUGUAGAUUAUAUUGCGAUUUAAAUUGUGUUUCUUGUAAAAAGGAAGAAUAACCAUAUAAAGGAUUUACAUGUAGUAAGUGUAUUUAGGAUUAUUAUAUGGAACCUUUAAGGUCUAUAGAAAAAGGGUCAUGUAUUACUUGUCCUUUGCUAUGUUAGGUUUGUGAAUAAAGAACAACAUAAGAGAUUUAAGUAUGAAAUAGAUAUCAAUUUUAGAAUAUUAAUCCUGCAUAUGAAAUAAAUGAUUAAAAUAGAAAGUAUACUUAUAAAUGUAUUCAAAAAAGGCAAGACUAAAAUAUCAUUAUUGAUCCUUAUUAAUAAAUAGCUAAAUAUUGCCUUAAUGAUAUUUGUGACAAUCUUAUUUAAUAUUAAGUAUAUUUAAAAUGAUAAUUAGAUAAACAAUAAUUGUGAAGAUUUGUAAGUAAUAUUUGAUGGAUAGAGGCCUUUUUCUGAUAAAUUAAAUAUUGAAUAUUUUAAUCAUAUUGGAGCAUAAAGAUUUAAGUUAAUUAUUCCUAUUCAAAAAUUCUGUAUCUCAGAUGAAAUAAUUCUAUAAACAUUAACUAACUAAUUAAAAAAAAGAAUUUUUUCCUUAUUUUGGGUAGAGUUGGCAUUUCUAGGCAAUCACUCUCCAUCUACUUAUUAACCAAUUAUAAAAAUCAAAAAUUUUGAUUCUAUCAGUUUCAACUAACUAUUAUUUAUUAUAUUGUAAUCCUUUGAAUUAUUUAUACAUAAUUAUGAUGCUCCUACUAAUUUAAUACUUACUGAUUCUAAAUUUAUGGCAAAUAAUUAUGAUUAAAUAAAAUUAUCAAUUUAAACAGAAUAAUGUCAACACUUUGAGAUCCGAAAUAUAACAUUAAGUGAUUUAAAUAUUUUAAAUUCUGUUGUUUUUUAAACUAGAUUUUAAAAUUAAGAUGAUUCAAUCAAAUUACUAAACUUCACAAUUAGAAAUUGUAAUUUAACUCAAACUACUCUUUUUCAAUUUUACGAUUUUCCUAAUAAUAUUAUUAUUUAAAAUUUUAAAAUUGAAAAUUGUUAAUUUAAUAACUCAACAAUUUUUAAUUUUAUAUAAGAUAUUAAAACAUAAUCUAUGAUUAAUAUUAAUAAUUUGAUAAUUAGUGAAUCUUUUAUUUAAAACUCACUAUUAAUUAAUGGCACAAACACUUAUUAAUUUAAGUUUGUUGACGUUUCAUUAAAUUAGAAUAAAUUAAAAUAUUCAAAGUUUUUACUAUUUUAAAAUAGUCUUAUUAUCAGGUAAUUGAAAAUAAGAGAUUCUUAUAUAUUUUAGACAUUUUUAUUCUAUAAAUUAUUAUCAAAUACAUAAUCAAAUAGUUUAUCAAUUGAUCAAUCUGAUAUUUAAAAUAACAUUCUUAUCAAUACUUCUCUUAUUUUUACAGAAUAAUAAUCAACACUUAAUUAAGUAGUAAUUAAAUUAUAAAAUAUUUAAUUCUUAGAAAAUAGUAUUCCAAAUGCUUAAAAUUCCUCUACUUAUCUAUUUUAUAUGAUUUGUUUUAGCCUAUAGAUAAAGAAAUUUGAAAUAAUAAAUUCAUAUCAUCUUCAAUAUUUUUUUCUAUUAAGUGUAUCUCUGAUAAAUGUGGAAGAUUUAUUAUAUACUAAUAUAAUAUAAAAAUAACGAGUACCGACAUCUAUAUAAUGUUUAGAGGUUGUGGUAGAAAACUCGCAAUUAUUUUACAUUUCAGGUUACUUAACUUUAUCAUUAACAAAUAUUACAAUUGUAAAUCAAUAUAGUAUAGAUUAAUCUUUUAUUUAAAUUUUAUCCAAUUCAUCAGUAACUAACUAAAGAGAGAGUAUUAAACUUAAAGGCUUAAAUUUUAUAGGAAAUAUUUUAUUAAAAAAGAAUUUAGGUCAAGUACUAUCAUAAUUAGCAAUAUAUUCAGAAAGGAAUUAAAUGAUUGAAAUAGAGAACAUUCACUUCUAAGAUAAUAGUUUUAAUUAACUUAUUGAUGAUCCAUCCCAAUCAUCUUCAAGUUUAUUAUUUAUUAAUUCAUAAUAAAGUUUUUUAUUCAUAUCUCAUUUAAUUUCAGAAAGAAAUGCAUUGACCAAUUCUACGAAUUCCUUUAUUUAUAUCAAUACGAAUUUAGUCUCAAUUAAAAAUAUUUUUAUUAAGAAUCAUAAUUAAUUAAUCUAAUCAUUUUGGAAUAAAUAUUUUAACAUAAAUUUUUAUGAAAAUUUUAAUUAAGACAUCAUCAAUUAAUUGAUAAAUAAAGUUUUUACAAUUUAAAACAAAGGAGGUGCUCUUGCAAUAACAACAGAACAUUUUACUAUAAAUAAUUGUUUUUUUAAGGAUAUAUUAGCUUAAAGUAGCUCUAUACUUGAUAUUGUUACUUAAGGCUUAGGUAAAAUAAUGAUAGCAAACUGUUCUAUGAUAUCGGCAUAAAAUAUUUUCUCUUAAAUUGGAGAGAAUGAUGGAGCAAUAUCAAUAUAUUCAAAAAAUAGUCAUUUAGAACUUGAAUUUCAAAAUAUAACCUUUAAAGAGAUAUAAAAUAGGUUGACUCCAUCAAUCCUAUCAAUAGUUCCAUCAUUUAAGUCUAAUUUAAUUAUAUUUCAAAAUAUAGUCAUUUAAAAUUGUUUCUCUUUAGUUAAUUAGUUUAUAAAAAUAGAGUUUUAACUUUUAAAUCUUAAAUCAAAUAUUGUAUCUAUGGAGAACAUUUCAAUUUAAUAAGAUGAAAAUUCAUUAAUUCAAUACUUUUCUAAAAUGGAAUCUAUAACUAUUUAUGAAAUUUAGAAAAUAACGCACGAUAAUGCCAUUAUUAAUUUAUAAGGAUGCAAUUUAAGAAUUUAAAAUUUAACCUUUCAAGGCAUUUUAUUGUCUUCAAUCCUAAAAGUUUUAGAUACAAAAACUUUAUAACUGGCAAAUAUACUUAUAUUUGAAGGUUAAUCAUUUUAUCCAAUUAACAUGAUUCAUAUUGGAUAAACGACUUCUAUGUAAUUUUAAGUUGUUUUAUAGAAUAUUCAGAUUAUAAAUUUGGUUUCAUUUGAUUUCAAUAAAAUUAAAACUAAUUUAAUUGAAUACUUCAAAAUAACAUUAGAUUACAACAGUUGUAACAUCAAUCUUUAAUUAUUAAAUUAAGAUUUAAAUGUUCCCAUAAAAAUAGCAUGGAUAUUUCAACAAAUUUUGCUUUUAUCAAGUCAAAAGGGGUCUUUAGUAUAUAUUUAAAGUAUACAUUCUCAAAACAAGAUAAAAUUAAUUUAGAUAUUAAUAUCAAAUAAUAAUUGUUUAGAAUGUUGGAAUGGAAUAAUUUAAUUUGAUUUAACAUAAUAUUUAUCAAUAUAUAUUCAAGAAUUAUAUUGUCUUAAGAAUAAUAUAAGAAAUUUUGGAUGUAUAUAUGCUAAAUCUUAAAAUUAAUAAGAAUCAUCAAUAAAGAUUAAGAAUUCUUUAUUCAACAUGAAUAAAGGCACUAUAGGUUCAGCAAUUAUGGCUUAAAAUGUAAGAAUUUCUCUUGUAAAUUUGAAAAUAUUAAACAAUAUUGCAACUUUUUAAGGAGGAGCUUUGUAUUUUUCAAUCAAUAACAAUUAAUUUAAAAUAUCUCAAACAAUCCUUUAUAACAACAAAGCUGAAUAAGGAGGAGGAAUUUACUUAUAAGGUAAUAGUAAAUUAAAUUAAGACAAUUUUAUUAAAUCAUGGAUGAAACUGAAUUCAGCAUCUCUCUUACCUAAUAAUCUUUAAGAAAUGCCAACUCAUUUAUCUUUAUCAAUUAAUAAUUUUGAGAUGAAAACUAUUUAGAAAAAGAUAAACAAUUAAACAUCAAAAAUUUUGUUUUUGUAACCUUAUCUUGUAAUAGAAUAAGGAAAGGUGUAAUUAACUAAAUUAUUAAUGUUACCAAGCAAUUAAGAAAUUAUUAAUUAUAAAAUAUAUAAUCCAUCAUAACUUAAAUUUGAGAAUUAUUUAGAAGAAUUUUCAAUAUCUUAUAAAAAUAAUUUUAAUGAAAUAUUACCUAAUUUUUCUAAUUCCACAUGUGAAAUUUUUAUUUAAACAUUAUUAAAUGAUACUCUAAUUGAUUCGACAAAUAUUGCAAAUAUUGAAUAUCAUUCUGAAUCUAAAAAUUUUGAUUUAAGAUUUUUAUCUAUAACUGUUGAUCCAUACAAAUAUAAUAAUCAAACCAAUUAAAUUUAGAUUGCUUGUCACCUUAAUGAUUAAUCUGACACUUUGUUUUAUUAUAUUGAAAUUAAAGGUUUUAUGUGUUAAUUAGGGGAGUUUUAUUUUUAAUCAGGUUGUUAAAUAUGUUAACCAAGUUAAGGAUAUUAUUCUGUAACAUAUUGUUAAAAUAAUUCUAAAUUUAUAAAAUCUAAUAUAAUGUACCAAUAAUACUUAAAUUUUAACAGUUUUUUAAUACAACACUACAAAAUGUUCCAUUUUUGAUUAAAAUAAAUUUCAAUCUAUAACUUCAAAUUAGAUUUAACUCAAGAAGGGUUAUUGGAGACCUAAUUAUUAAUCUGAUUUGAUUGAAUAUUGUUUUAAAUUUGUUGAUUUUUGUGAAGGAGGAUGGGUUGUGUCAGAUAAUUUAUGUUUAGUAGGACAUAUUGGAGGUUUGUGUGAAGAAUGUGACAUGUAUGAUAUAAGAGGACAAGGAAAUUAUUUUAAAAAUUAAUUAAACACAUCUUGCCAAGAUUGUAGAGAUGCAAUUAAUAGUGUAUUUCCAUUUGUUCUUACAUCAAUAUGGUAUUUUAUAUUAAUAUGAUUUAAUAGGGCCCUUAUUUCAACUCUUUUAACACUAAGAAGUAUUGAUAAGUCUAAUAAAUUAUUUUCUUCUUUGAAAAUAAGAUAAAGAUUUGUGAAGAUUAUAUUUAAACUAAAUCAAGGUAAUAUAAUAAUUAUAUAUAGAUCAUGAGAGUAUCCUACUUAAAUUAUUUCUUAAUUAUGUAUGGAUAUUUUCAGUAAUUUUUACUUUUAAUUUUUAAUUUUCAUUUUCAUUUACAUUCAUUAAUUAGACAAGUAACACAUCAUACUUUAUGGCUAACAAUUUGGAUUGCUAUUUAUCAGAAAUCUAUAAUAUAUCUCUAAUUUAUAAUAGAACAAUAACGAUGACCGUACUAAUGGUUUGCUAAUUAUUAAUAAUAUAUAUGGGGUUUAAGUUAUAUUCAAUAAUCAAACACUAAAAAUUUAAUAGCAGCAUAAUAUCUACUACACUCUUGUACUUAUAUGUGUCAAAUUAUGCUGCAUUGAUAAAACAGUAUAAUUAAAUAAUAAUUAUCUUAGACUAUUUUCAUUAUUGGCUAAGAGAAUUAUAUCUGAUAUAGAAUAUAUAUCAGGAGAUGUAUCGUUACUUUAUAAUUCACCAAGUCAUUAAAAAUGGAUAAUUGGCUUUGUUUUACCAGGAUUAGGAUUGAUUGGAUGUCUGAUCCCAUCUGCUCUCUUUCUACUCUUAUACAUCUAAAGAGACAAACUAGAUAAGAUAAAGUUUAGAAGGCAUAUAUGUUAUCUAUUCAAUGAAUAUAAUAAUGAAAAUUACUUUUGGGAAUGGAUCAAAUUAUGGAAAAAAACAGUCAUUAUCAUUAUUAUGACAUAUUUUGAAACAAAUAUAUUUGUAAAGGCUUCAUUGCUUGGAUUAUGUUUACUACUCUAUUAAUUAUAUGCAGUAAAAUAAAAACCAUAUAUACUUAAUAAUUUAAACGAAUUAGAUGUAUCGACAGGAUAAAUAUGUUCCAUUGCAAUAUUUUUAGCUUCAAUUAAAUAUAUAAGUGAAUAAUAAGAGAACAAAUCUACCUCUGUUUUAAUAGAAAUGAUUUUAGUUUUACUCUGUUUGAAAUUAAGUUAUCCUUUUGUUAUUGAUUUACUAAGAGUCUAUUAUAAAAAAUAUAAAAUUUGGCUAUUAAGUAAUUUAUAUGAUGCAUUGAAAAUAAUAAAUUGCAAUUUAAGUCUAACUCUUUAUGUAAAUAGAAAAUUAAAUUAAAUAAAGUAACGAGAAUAGAAAUUAAAAACAAAUUUAAUAAAAUUAAGAAUUCAUUUAUUACAAAUAUCAAAAUUUUAAUUAGAAUCAUAAAAGUACUAAUAUUAUUAUUAUUAAGAUCUCUCGUGAAUUUAUUAAAUUCCUAAUCAACUACUAGACCAGCACUGCUAGGUCUUGAAUAAAAUGCAUAAAAGAUUAUUAGAUUAGAUACAAACUGA